AUAACAUCCAGGAAGUCGCGGUCAAAGCGCGUCAGAGAGCCUUGAUGAUUCAGCCAUCGACGAUCUGCAAACGAGGACCCGGUUCUUCUCCUUUUUACCCCUGCGUAUUUCUUUCUUUCUUCACCUCCGCUUUCCCGGGAAAGGCAUCCUGUUUCUCCUGGCAUCUCUCCCCGUAGAAGUAGUUCCGGUACUUGUCGUCUUCCCUAGUUCUGCCGAAGCAAAUGAACGGUUAGAAGUUGCCCUACGCCGAGAGACACCCUCGGCUUCCCCACGAUGGCGCCGAAAAAACGUGCUUCUGCUGCAGCCCUGGCGGGGGGACGUCCACCCAAGCUUCCCCGGCAUCACGAUAAAGCACCCGCGAGUUCCUCAAACCAGAAAUCCGGGCGCCAUAACCCCCCCUCUUCUCUUCAUUCUCAGCCGAAUUCUCAAUCUCCGCCCGGCUCCUCUAGCCAACAACCUCCAAGAUCCUCGUGGGUCGAAGAGUACGUCGACCAUGCUAUCGACCUCACUCAGGCUGACGAUGGCCCUGCUUCCUCGAUGGAAUUAUACGGGAUCAUGAACAGCAAGAUUGUGGGUGUUAGGUACUAUAGCGGAAUGGUGAGUCUCGGUGAGAGGGUUCUCUGUCGGCGUGAGCCUGGUAAUCCGUAUGAUAAGUAUGCUGUUCGUGUCGACAACGUCAUGCGAAUACAAAUAGGCCAUCUCCCAGCGACCGUCGUCUGCAAGCUUGCACCAUAUAUCGAUAGGAACGAGAUCGUCCUUGAAGGAGUCCUCGCCGGUCAUAUGGGCCACUUUGAUUGCCCCGUUAGCCUAUAUCUCUACGGGACUAGCGAUCCUACGCGUCGCCUAGAGCUGGAAGAGAAACUGAAACGCGACAAGAUCCUGAAAGCUACAGAACUCAAGGCUACUCGGAAGGAGGCCGAGGCCCAGAGGGGCGCCUCUAUACGUCUUAGAUGCAACGCAUCCACCGCUGGUUUAGGAACCACCGAGGGACGAGAGCUCGAGGAAUUGUUAGCAGACAGCGAGGUUGCACAGUUCCGACCAGAUAUUAGCUCUAUUGACCCGUUUGCGAUGAAUGAGGACGCCCUAUCCAAGCUACCCAAGGCAACCCAACCUAAGGAUAUUCAGUCAGAGCUACUGCCAUAUCAGCUCCAGGGCUUGGCUUGGAUGAUUGCCCGGGAAAAUACACAGCCCCCGGCCCUCGGGUCGAAGGAGGUCGUGGAGUUAUGGAAACGUGAUGAGCGGGGGAACUUUGUCAACCUACUCUCAAAUCACGUUACCAAAGUCCCUCCUAGCAUGGUCUCGGGUGGCCUGCUUGCUGAUGACAUGGGCCUGGGUAAAACGCUUCAGGUCAUUAGUUUGAUCCUGGCAAGCGGCUUCAACGAGGGUCCGACUCUCAUCGUUGCGCCAGUGGGCGUGAUGAGCAAUUGGGAACAGCAGAUCCAACGGCACGUGAAGCAAGACGCAACACCCCGGGUCCUCAGAUACCACAAGCCGGGGACAUAUUCGAAGGACGACUUUCUGAAAUAUGACGUCGUUGUUACCACGUACGACAGGCUUCGUAAUGACUUCACCAAGCAAGGAGCAGCAUUUUCGGUACAGUGGCGCCGUAUUGUCUUAGAUGAAGCACACGUCGUUCGGAACUUCACGACCGGCAGGGCUCAAGCUGCGUAUGGGCUUCAAGCUAAAUCCCGGUGGAUGUUGACGGGAACGCCAAUCGUCAACUCCCCUAAGGAUUUCCUAUCAGCUUUGAAAUUCCUUAAGAUUACAGGCGGCAUUGAAGAAACCACCCUCUUCAUGCAAUUGAUCGACAAGCCAUUAUCGAAUAGCGAAGCGAGCGGAAAGAGCGACGAAUACAAGGUGGCCAGCGGACUAUUUCAGUCGCUAAUACGAGAUCUUUGCCUGCGACGAUCCAAAUACAUGAAGUUUGUCGACCUCAAAUUACCCGCCAAGACCGAAUACGUCCACCGCAUCAAGUUUAGGAAGGAUGAGAAGGUCAAGUACGAUGUCUUAUUGUCGGAAACCACCAAGAUCCUAGGGGCGUAUCGACCUGGACCUGGGAACGGGGCAAGACAGAACCAGAUACGAUUCACGAGUGUCCUAGAAAAACUUCUCCGUCUUAGACAGCUAUGUUGCCAUUGGACCUUGUGUGGGGGGCAGGCGAAAGACAUUCUCGCCCCCUUAGAAAGCGAGACUAUGGUGACGUUCACAUCGGACAAUCUCAAAAUUCUCCAGCAAGCGCUUCUUGCUGUCACCACCGACGGAGAGGAAUGUCCGAUCUGCAUGGAGGCCAUCAGCACACACAACCCUGUCAUCACCGCGUGCAAGCAUCGCUUUGGAAAACCAUGCGUCUCUAGGGCAAUUGGAAUCAAUGGAAAGUGCCCGAUGUGCCGCCAGCCUCUGACUUUAGACUCUAUCGUGGACCUGCAGCCAGCGGAUAUCGACGACCGAUUUGACGGGGAUACCAGAAGCUCGAAGACAGAAGCUCUAGAAAAGAUCUUGAGAGCAAGACUUAAGGACCCGAAGUCGAAAGUGGUCAUAUUUUCCCAGUGGACAUCCUUUCUGGCCAUCAUCGGAAAGUUGCUGGAUGAGGCAGGAUAUAAGUACUGCCGUGUCGAAGGGUGGAUGCCAGUAUCCAAGCGUGAUCAAUCGAUAGAGGCUCUGAAUACAGAUCCGGACACCAGAAUCAUGCUUGCCAGCCUGGCCGCCAGCGGCGUCGGCUUGAACCUGGUCGCCGCCGACACGGUAAUACUUGUGGACUCGUGGUGGGCGCCCGCUAUAGAAGACCAAGCGAUCGAUCGCGUGCAUAGGCUCGGCCAAACUCGCGAAACAACGGUUUGGAAACUCAUCAUGGACGGCAGCGUCGAAGAUCGCGUUCUCGGCGUCCAAGCCAGAAAACGUGAGCUGGUCAGCCGGGCAUUCCAAGACGAAGCACGAGUACAAAAAGAGACCAAUCGCCUUGGUGAUAUUCUAGAACUGCUCUCGUGAGGCUUCGGGAACGGUAGCUCUAUAUAAAUUCCUACGACGGCAAGGAACAGAUGUGAAGGAGGAAUUAAUGGGGAGGAGGGGAGGGUACACAGGCCAAAGACGGACAGGAUUGCUUCAAGCAAGUAUGUUGCCAUCGCGGCUGUAAGGCUUACUACCGACGGUUAUUAUGACAAGACUAUAUACUCAUAGUCUGUAUGGGUUCGAGAUGAAGCCACUACGGGCUAGCGUCUGCAAGAAUUGUUAAGCUUUAAUCAAUACUGCAUUGUGAGAUAUAAAAAAUAACUUUAUGACUUUACUUAAUUGUAAAAAGAUUAAUUUAACUAAAAA